CUGUUAUUUGUUGGUGAUAAUUUUAAUAAUUUACUUAUUGUGGUUCCCUAUGGAAAGACUACUUCUGAUGCUCUUAUUUCUUUGUGGCCGUGCAUUGUUUAUUCCUUAAUAUUGGACGAUGCUAAAGUGUUGUUUAUAGUUGCAAUUGUGAGAACUGCAUAGUUUUUCUCAAAAAUGGGAAAAUGUGAUGAAGCUAAUGUCGAAGUUAGCAUGGGGGACUCGGCGUCCCCCAUGAAACCUGAUAAUUUCACUUUCACCGUACCACCGGAGGCUCCCGUGUUUGAGCCAACGCCAGAGGAGUUCCUAGAUCCUCUGGCUUAUAUCAGUAAAAUAAGACCAAUCGCCGAGAAGUCGGGAAUAUGCAAGAUAAAGCCACCUGCACACUGGCAGCCACCAUUUGCAGUGGAUGUGGACAAAUUGCGGUUCACACCGCGAAUACAAAGAUUAAAUGAAUUAGAGGCUAUAACGCGCGUGAAGCUGAAUUUUCUGGACCAGAUCAUCAAGUUUUGGGAGUUGCAGGGCUCUGUGCUCAAGAUCCCGACGGUCGAACGGAAGCCUCUAGACUUGUAUGCGUUACACAAGAUCGUCAGGGAAGCAGGCGGUUUCGAAGUGUGUACAGCUGACCGCAAGUGGUCCAAGAUAGCGCGGCGCAUGGGCCAUCCGCAGGGAAAAGGUAUAGGCUCUAUACUCAAGAGUCACUAUGAGAGGAUACUAUAUCCGUACGACCUGUUCAAGAACAGCGGAGUUGUUGAUAAUAAGGAAACUAAAAUCGAAGUGAAGCUAGAACAGACGCCGGAGAAGGUGAACAGCCGCAGCCGUUCGGGCGGCAAGUGUCCACCUGCGGCCGCCACCCCCCCGCCCGCGCGCCGCUACAAGGCGGCCGAGCCCGAGCCGCAGGCCGAGGGCAGCCACACGGAGGGCGCGCUCGCAGGCGCUGACGACGACAAGAGGAACGUCAUGAAGACGCCCAUCAAGGAGGAGAAUCUGGAGACCAGGCGAAGUCCCCGCGAGAACAAGUGGAUGUCGGCGGCGGGGAGCUGCGGGGGUCGGUCGCGCGGCACGCGGUCGACCCGGCUGCGCGAGCACAGGCUGUCCAACAUGACGGUGUCCGUGACGCCCGCCCCCGCGCCCGCGCCCACACCCCUGCCGCACCCCGACGACCCGUUGGCGAAAUACAUGUGCCACGUGUGCGGACGGGGGGACAUCGAGGAGCAGAUGUUGCUGUGCGACGGCUGCGACGACUCAUACCACACGUUCUGUCUCGUGCCGCCGCUCGCGGAUAUACCCAAGGGCGACUGGCGGUGCCCCGUCUGCAUCGCCGAGGAGGUAUCGAAGCCUACAGAGGCGUUCGGCUUCGAGCAGGCGUCCCGGGAGUACACGCUGCAACAAUUCGGCGAAAUGGCGGACCAGUUCAAGUCUGACUAUUUCAACAUGCCCGUACAUAUGGUGCCCACGUCGACGGUGGAGAAGGAGUUCUGGCGAGUGGUAUCGUCCAUAGACGAGGAUGUCACCGUCGAGUACGGAGCUGACCUGCACUCUAUGGAUCACGGCUCUGGGUUUCCAACUAAGGCGAGUGCUCAUCUGUAUCCUGGCGAGCAACAGUAUGUGGAGUCAAGUUGGAAUCUGAACAAUCUGCCCGUACUGGAAGGUUCCGUGCUGGGACAUAUCAAUGCUGACAUAUCAGGAAUGAAGAUCCCGUGGUUGUACGUGGGCAUGUGUUUUGCGACGUUCUGCUGGCACAACGAGGACCAUUGGAGCUACUCCAUCAAUUACAUGCACUGGGGGGAGCCCAAGACCUGGUACGGUGUCCCGAGCUCGAAAGCGGAGCAGUUCGAAGCGGCCAUGAAGGCGGAAGCACCAGAGCUGUUCCAACUGCAGCCUGAUCUCCUGCAUCAGCUUGUUACCAUCAUGAACCCCAAUGUGCUGAUGAAGGCUGGGGUACCAGUAUACAGAACUGAUCAACACGCCGGCGAGUUUGUGAUAACGUUCCCGCGCGCGUAUCACGCUGGAUUCAAUCAAGGAUACAACUUCGCGGAGGCUGUUAACUUUACACCAGCUGAUUGGCUGAAAAUGGGCCGCGAGUGCAUCGGUCACUACUCGACGCUGCGGCGCUACUGCGUGUUCUCGCACGACGAGCUCGUCUGCAAGAUGGCGCUCCAGGCAGACUCCCUCAGCGUCAGCGUCGCGCUCGCAGCCUACCGCGACAUGCGCACCAUGCUGCACGACGAGCGCAAGCUGCGCAAGGGGCUGCUCGACUGGGGCGUGACGGAGGCGGAGCGCGAGGCGUUCGAGCUGCUGCCGGACGACGAGCGGCAGUGCCACCUGUGCAAGACCACGUGCUUCCUGUCGAGCGUCACGUGCGCCUGCACCACGCACGUGGCCUGCCUCCGACACCACGCGCUGCUCUGCCGCUGUCCGCCGCCGGCGCACACGCUCCGAUACCGGUACACAUUGGACGAGCUGCCGGCCAUGCUGGAGAAACUGAAGAAGAAGUCGGACGAGUUCCGCGAGUGGGCGGAGGCGGUCCAGAACGCGUUGGAUCCGGACACGCCCAAGACCUGUGACUUGGACGGACUGAGGGCGUAUUUGAAGCGAGCGCACGAUUUGAAGAUGCACAAGACGGAGCUGGUGCGCGCGCUGGAGACGGGCAUCGAGGACGCGGAGAAGUGCGCGUCCGUGAUCGCACAGCUCGACCUCAACAAGAUGCGCACCCGCACCAGGCACCACGACCCCAAGUACCGCCUCACGCUGCACGAGCUCACGCUCUUCGCGGCCGAGAUCGACGGGCUCGCCUGCGUGCUGCCUGAAGGUUCAGCAGUCAAGGAAGUGUUGCGGCAAACUUCAGAGUUCGAGAGUCGAGCUACAGAACUCCUCAACAAAGACUUAGAUAAGACUGACUCUACUUAUAUGAGGGAAUUGGAGGAGGUGGUAGAAUUGGGCUCACAAUUGUGCAUAGUCCUGCCACAACUGCCGGCGUUACAAGCGCGGCUGCAGCAGGUCAAGUUUAUAGAAGAGGUUCGGUCGUACCGCGAGGACUGUUCCACACUCAGCCCCGAGGUUAUCGACAGGCUUCUGCAGGAGGGGGGCACGGUGGUGCCGCAUCACAGGGUCGAGGUGGAACGGGCGAUGUUGUACAAGCUCAAAGGUCAAGUGGAGGAGUGGGAGACGCGGGCGCGGGCGGUGCUGGUGGAGGGGUCGGCGGGGGUCGCGGGGGGUGCGGGGGGCGCGGCGCACUACAGCACGCUGUCCGAGCUGGAGGCGCUGGUGGCCGACGCCGACCGCGUGGAGGCCGCGCUGCCGUCGCGGCCACCGCUCGCCGCCGCCCUCACGCACGCCCGCGACUGGCUCGCCAAGGUGGAAGAAAUGCAGUCCAAAGAUCUAUACCCGUACAUGCACAGCGUGGAAGUACUAGUGAAGCGCAGUCAAUCAAUACCACUGGCGUUGUACGAGAAGGAUCAGCUCGCAGCCGCAUUACUCUCAGCUAAGGAAUGGAAGAGGGGCGCCGCGGAAAUGUUCCUGAAAAAGAGCUGGCCGUACUCGCUGCUGGAGGCGCUGUCCCCGCGGACGGAGAGCGCGCCGGCCCCGCGGCGGCGCGGGCGGGGCGCGGGGGGCGCGGCGGCGGGGGGCGCGGGGGGCGCGGGCGCGGCGGCGGGGGGCGCGGCCGGGGGCGCCGAGCCCGCGCCCUCCUCGCUGGAGGCCGACCAGUUCCUGCGCAACUUCAGCGAGGACUCCACGCCCACGGAGAUCGUCGCCGCCUUCAAGCAGGCCGAGCACCGCGAGCUCACCGCCAUCAAGGAACUUAGAGCGCGUAAUAUGCGCAAAGAAGUACGGACAUCAGGCGGCGCGGCUGCUGCUUCCGGCGGGGGAGGAGGCGCGGGGACGGUGCCCACGUUCUGCGUGUGCCAGAAGCGGCAGUACGGCGUCAUGACGCAGUGCGAGCUCUGCAAGGACUGGUUCCACGCGUCGUGCAUCGCCGCGGCCAAAGACGAAAGAGAGGAGUCCCCGGAACGGGAUCGCGAUAGAAACGAGCGCGUAGAUGUACCGUUCCCGGCCGAACCCAAGUUCCUGUGUCCCGACUGCGUGCGUACUAAACGCCCGCGACUCGACCGUAUCCUGGCUUUGCUGGUGUGGCUGCAGAAGCUGCCGGUGCGGUUGGCGGAGGGCGAGGCGCUGCAGUGCGUGACGGAGCGCGCCAUGGCCUGGCAGGACGCCGCGCGCGCCGCGCUCGCCGCGCUACCCGAGCACGCGCAGGUAAAUAGAGAAAAAGCUGACAAAUUAAAUGCAGAAUUAAAGAAAGCAACAGGAAGAGUACACGAUACGCACAUGUCACAAAACCCCAGAUCGUCUGCGAGCGUGGAGCACGCGUACAGCGCUACGCCACGAACCACGUCUGCGAGGCCUGCGCCCGCAGUGCUGCACAAGCUGGAAGACCUCAUGCUGGAGGGUGAUCUCCUGGAGGUCCGGCUGGAGGAGCAGGCGCAGGUGUGGGCGGCGGUGUGGGCGGCGCGCGCGGCCGAGGGGCGGCGCGGGGCGCGCGUCAUGGACGCGGGGCGCCGCAAGAGACCGCAGCGCGCGCCCCGACACCUGCCCACCAAGCGCACCAGGCCGCAUCUAGCGCGUACGUAUCGUAUACGACCUACGGUGGCACCAAAAGCGACAUUAAAACGCGGCUCCGCUACCACCACAAACUAUUUAAACAGAAAACAGGGUGUGUCGUCAGGCUCAGGCCUGAUGAUGAGGAAGCACUACAUGGCGCGGCAGGAGCGCCGCAAACGAGGACUGGCCGCAUCCACCAGGGGCAAGCACGCGCGGCAGGCCAGGCUCGGUGGCGCUGCUGGUGGCGGUGGUACCCGACGGCGGGCUGCAGCCGAGCGUCGAAGCAGCAGCUCAUCGCCGUCGUCGGCGGAAGACGACGAGGACUGCGCAGCCGCAGACUGCCUGCGCCCCACCGGUAAGGAGGUGGACUGGGUGCAGUGCGACGGCGGAUGCGACCAGUGGUUCCACAUGCACUGCGUGGGGCUGAGCCGCGGCGCGCUCCGCGACGACGACGACUACGUGUGCGGGGCCUGCGCGCCGCCGUCAUCCUCGGCGACGCACACGCCCACCCGCUCCACUAAUGUAAUGUAAUGCGACCCUAUACAUUGGACUUAUUCGUCUUCGCCAGCGAUAUAUGUAACAUUGGAGUUAUCUAAUUGUGUUCUCCAUUCUUCGCCAGCGGUAUAUGUAACAUUGGAGUUAUCAAAUUGUGUUCUCCAUUCUUCGCCAGCGAUAUAUGUAACAUUGGACUUAUUUAAUUGUCUUCGCUGACGGUAUAUGUAAUAUUGGACUUGUCUAAUUGUGAUCUCCAUUCUUCACCAACGGUAUAUGUAAAAUUGGACUUGAACUGUCUUCUAGAUUCUUCGACCGCGAUAUAUAACUUCGUUUUAACUACGCCAAUGUUUUAUCUAUCUAUCUAUCUAUUAAUGUACAGAAUUUGAAAGGAUAUAAGUUCUCGAAGUUACAUAAAUGAUGUGAAAUCACAAUAAAAUGCUGACUUUAUUGGUUGUGUAAUGAUUAUUACUGAUAUGUGACUGGUAAUUUUGUUUUAAAUUUUUAUCUAACGGUCAGGAAUGAAAGAGUGGAAUGUACGAAAGGUCGUUUUAAAGUUCAAAGCGAGAAUUCGGUUCAAUGUAAGUGAUUUUUUUAAUGUUCAUUCAUUCAUAAAUUAAGAGCGACGCUCUUGUCGGAGCUCACUCCGUUACUUUCUACGAUUUUCCAUCAUACUCUUUUAACAUUGAUACGUCACGAUGUGUACUAAAUAAAUAAGUAAU